CCCUCCCUGCUUUCCAGCAAGGGAUUCCUGGGCAGGGGCCCCCAGAGUUGCCAUGGUGAAGAUCUUCGUGGGGGGGCUGUCUCCGGUGGUCACGGCCGAGGAACUGCGCAAGCUCUUUGAGCAGUACGGCCAGGUGAACGAGUGCGACAUCCUGAAGAACUUUGCCUUUGUGCACAUGGAGAAGGAGGACGAGGCCCACCAGGCCAUCAGCUCCCUGCACAAAAGCGAGUUCUUCGGGGCCCACCUGACCGUGGAGUACGCCACCUCCAAGAUCCGUAACGCCACCAAGAUCUACGUGGGCAACGUGUCGGCCAAGGCCACCACUGCCCAGAUCCGGCAGCUCUUCGAGAGGUUUGGCAAGGUGGUGGAGUGCGACAUCGUGAAGAACUAUGCCUUCGUGCACAUGGCCAAGGAGCGGGAAGCCAUGGACGCCAUCUUGAACCUGAACGAUACCCCCUUGGAGGACCAGAAAAUCUUCGUCACCCUCUCCAAGAGCAACGGCUCCCUCCGGGCCACUAAGGGGGCUACUGUGCCCACCCCGGCGACCCCGACCCCAAGUUACUACUUCUCUAGGGGUCGCAUUCCCACUCCUGCCCCGACAUACACGCCCUAUUGUCCCAGGGCUUGGUACGACAGAGAGUAUUGCGACCGCUACUCGUACGAGCUCUAUGACCGGGCCCGGGCAGCCUACGACAGGGCCUUGCCUCCCGCAACACCCGCUGCCCCCGCUGCCUACAGGGAAAGAAGCCCCGUGGGCAGGCGGACAGCUACUCCUACCGCCGUAGUGGCCCAAUACACUGAUCCUUAUGCUGCUGCGGCAGCAGCUGCUGCCGCCGCCGCCAACCAAACAUACAGCCAAGCCUACAGCCAACCUGGGUACGCAGCUGCUGCCGCCGCCGCCGCUGCCACAUACUCCCAGUACAGCAUAGGCACCGCCUACAACGUGGCGGAAUACUACGAGAGGUACGCCAGUGCCUACGCUGCCCAGUAUGCGCAGACGUUCUGACCGCGGUCUGCCCCAGCAGUAAGUGUUCAGAGAUCAUAGGUUGCAUGCCAGGUGGCCAAGGUGGGAGGGGGGGCAGAAU